UAGACCAUUAUGACGAUAAAACCAACAGUUGCCCUAAGAGCUAUCCUUGUUGGUGGAGUAGCUGCAUUUGCAAAAAUUGCGGGUGCUCUUAAAGCUGCAGGUGGUGUAAAAGUAGGUGCAGCUGCUGCUGCCGUGACAGCUGCAGCAACUGCAGCCAGGUCAGGGUCAAAGCAGGAAUCAAAGGAUUCUCCUAAACAGCCAUCAAAAUGACUUUGGUUGUAGAUGGACCUUGUGUGUUAGGUAAAGCGAUGAAUUCCCUGUUAGUUUCUUGGAAAGUUUUGGCCUUGCGAAACUUGUACACUGCAAUAAUAAUAUGAAUGCACUGAAAUAAAGUUCUUCAUAGCUUUGGGUACGAGUGAUAAUCAAAUCAUACAUCUUGUAGUCCUGCAGUUGUUCAUAUCAUGUUGUCUUGUAAUUUGAUUUUGGAUUUUGCCGGAAUGUUCUUGGUAGCUAUGGACAUGCUAUUUUCUU